UCUCCUGCCCAAAGCCAAACUCUCUUCCAGAUAUACACAAAUACAAACACACACCCAUUUGCCAUUACUCCCCCAUUUCUCUCUCUACAACUCCCUUUCUCUCUCUCUCUAAAAUGGCCCAGCUGGACCAAAUUUUUUACAUAGAAGAGAGGAGAAAAACAAAAGGAAAAGAUGGCAAGUAAUAGAUAUGUCUUCCAACCACAGCUCUCUCUUCUUCCCAAACAACAAAAUUCAUUAUUAUUCCACUUCCCAAAUUUGCCCUUCUGUGAAUCCUACCCUCAUUGCUUCCCAUUCAAUUCAAUUCCUUUUUAUCUCCGACCCAGCUCAUGGGCCUUUUCGGGUUUCAUCACCAGACCCACACACCCCAGAGGAAUACACAUUUCAUUUACAUACAGUACAGUACAAACCCCAUCUUUCUUUUCUCUCUUUCAUCCUCUUAAUUGCCUUUUUAUCUCUAUCAUUUUUUCCUCUUUCCGGCUCCAUAAAAUCUCCAACCUUAUCUUCUUAUUUAAAUUUAAAUAUGAAGAAAGAGGGUCUAAUUCGGUUUUUAUAGAUAUUCUUCUAAGUAAAAGAUUAAUUCUUUGAAAAAGAAAAAGAAAAAGAAUAUUGCGUUUGGUUUCUUGUUUCCCAAGGACCGACUUUUGGAGGUGAUGAGAAGGAUUUCACAGGAUUUUUAUCCAUAUUGUUAUGUAUUUGUUUAAUUAAAUUAGUUCUUUGUUCGGAGACAUAAUUCUGAAGACAAAGAUGAAAAGGGUAUCGUUUAAUUCUCUCCAAUCUUCCCCUGAGGAAGCUAGAAUUAGGCAAAGGCAUCAAAGACUUUUGCAAGAUUACCUGGAAUUGCAAAAGGAAUUUGUUUCGAAAAAGAAGAAAUUACAGACUGCUAAGGAUAAAAGAGAAACCCUUUUGGCCGAAGUCCGGUUUUUGAGGCGGAGGCACGGGUAUCUACAAAAAAUGCAAUAUUUCAAAACUGAAACAGAAAAUUUUCAAUAUCAAAAUUCCAAUGUUCAGCCUGAGAUAUCUGCCGAGGAGAGGAAUUAUAGUAAUUUAAAUGAAGCUGUUAAAAGUAGCCACACCAGAGUUUCCGAGAUAAAAUCGAUCUUGGGUAGCAUGGAGGAAAAGGAAACCAAUAAAGAAGCCAUAAGAUUACAGAAGAAGCCUAAGAAUUGCUUGAUCAAUGGCAAAAGAGUUGGAAAGAAGAAGAUUUCGGUACAAGAUCAGGUUGUUUUGGAGGUCUAAAUAAGUUACUUGUGGUUGCAGUGUGACCAAUUAAAAAAAAAAAGAAAAAGAAAAAUCCUAAUUGCCUUCUUUAGUUUUCAUAUAGGCUGAUAUAUUGUUAUUUUUCUUCAAUUGCAAAGUGUAGAGAAAAUUGCAGUACACAUGACAUUGUAAGGUCUUUCAAUUUAAAAUAAAUAAAUGAAAUACCUCCCCAAUAUUU